AUGAGUAGCUAUAGCAACAGGCUACUAGGGCUUUUGUUUACCUUAGCAACCACAGAGUCACUGGAGAGUGAGGGUGAUUAGCUUGCUAGCUGCAGCUUUCUAACAAGCAAAAUAAAUACAAAUAUUACUCGAGUAUUAAUUUCAAUUCUUUUGUAAAUAUACAUUUGUCAGUGAAUAGAGAUGGACUCGGAUUCUUUGCAUUACUCUUUGGAUUUAGCUGCUGGUAAUGGUUUGACUCUGAGCAGCGAGCAGAGAGCUGCUCUUCAAACCUCUCUGGUCAUACUGAAGAGAAGUUACAAAUUCAGCCGGGUUUUAUUUUGGGGAAAGAUUUUGGGGAUAAAAUGUGACUAUUUGAUUGCUCAAGGUGUUGAAGAGGAUGAAAUGAAGAAAAAAAAGUCUUUGUACAGUUUAAACUGCUUAGAUUGGCACCUGCUGCCACAAGCCACUGAGUCCAUGACUGCAGACGUGGCAUUAGCAGCACAGGGGCGAUUCACGGGCGACCCGUCCCAUCAGUACGAGCACACAGAGACACGCACUGAGGGAGAGGGGGACGAAGCCACGGAGGUAGAGGUCAAGGUGAAAGUGAAUGAGGCGAGUCGAUUGGCCACGACCGUGUCAAACAUCGAUAAAGAUGUGUCUGUAGUGCCACGUGGUGCAUUUACAAAGAGUCCCAGUGGCAAAGUGCAGAUAAACCGAAGCUUUGGAGGUCUGCAUCCCACUGAAGCUGCGAAACUUCGCAACUACCUGCACUUUCGUGAGCCGGUUAACCUGAAAAAGAAGUCCAUCUUGGAAAUGUCUUAUCUGAACCCUGCUCUCGACUUCCUAGAUCCUUUGAGUGAGGACAUUCCCAAAGGGUCAUGGAGCCUGCAGCUUGAGCGGGGCGGCACUGUGUGUGUAUUACGCAGUUUGCUCUGGCUGGGUCUCACCUCCUUCCAUGUUCCCCAGACCCCUCAGCAUGGAUACAUCUACAUGGGAGAUGGACUUAUAAACCUGGACCUGCCCUUCAUGUUAUAGCAGCCAAACUGACUUCAGAAGCACAAUCUCCUUGUUUUUGGUGCCACGUUUUAAAGACAGCACAAGUUAUUGUGUAAUCAACUCUGUGGCCUCACAUUCACUGUAUUUUUCUUUCUGUCAAGAAAACAUAAACACGUCAACAUGUUUGGAAAGUUGAAA